GACCAUUUAAACUCUGUUUUCUAACUGCUACAACAACGGUUAUCACCAGUUAUCGUCAGUUUUGUUGCCAGUUAAAAACCUCCCAUGUUUUGCCCCACAUUCUCCACCUUCCGUGCUUUCAGGCGGCCAUCUCCUCCUCACCCAUAAAACUAACAUCCAUCUCCACAACCUGCAUCAACAAAUCAAAAGGCAAAAGUGGGUAAGUGAGUUACUGAAGAAAAGAAAAUUCAUCCUCACUCCCUUACGCGACAUUCACCUCCUCAACCCAGUUCGAUCGAUACUAACCCCUGCUCCCCAUAUCACACCGGUGUUACAACGCUCCUAUCCUAACCACCACCGGAGAUAUGGUCAUAUGGAUUGAUUGCAACAAGUAGUGUUCAUCUCUUCGUCAGAUGCGGGAUUCCGGAGUCCAUAUUAAGGAAUUUUGCUUCUCCAGUGAACUUUGCGUCUUCUCCAAACACCCCCACCCCCUUUUAACCUAAUUGGAAAAAAUACAAAGUAAAGUUAGUAUUUAAAAAUCGAACUUGUAUAUCCUCAUGAUUGACUAGUUAGUGGGGUUUGGAAAAAAGGAAUGACGGAUUGCUUAUAUACGAAAUGAGGAAGGCUACAUGCAGUGGGUGUCUAAAGGGCUAAUCAUGGAUUUUUUAUGUUAAAUAAUAUAGUAAAAUUGGAAAAUGUGUGUUGGUACUUACGAAAGGGAAAAAUCGCGGGUAUCCAAGGGGCUAAUCCAAAAUUUGAUUGCCAUACUGCAGCCUUGAGGUUGUCACUGAUAUGAGCAUGCAACAGGCACAUGCAAAGUACUAAUGUUUAUUUGCUGGCUUUAAACCUUACUAGAGGAAUCCCAUUAACCCCUAAAGUGAAGCAAAACCAUGCUCAAGAUUCUAAACCCACCCGCACCAUGAACAACAUGAAAUCUCUGGUGGUCAAGGUAUUGAUGUUUUGAUGAAUGUGGAGCACUCAAGUUGACCUCCGGUUGCCUCAAAGCUGGCCCCUGGCAUGUCCGGUAUGUUUUCCUUUUGUUCACAUGUUUGUGGUAUGGCUUCUUUAUAUGGGGUGGUCAUUUUGGCCCAUUUACUUUUGAAUGGGUCGAUUCGGGUUGUCCUGUCUAACUGGUCACCUAAAGCCUAUAGUUUAUUGCAUACAAAAUUGUACAUUCUUUGUUCAAAGAUUUAGAUUAUUACAGUUAGGGGUGUCAAUUAUGUCGGGAUUUAGAUUAUUACAGUUAGGGGUGUCAAUUAUGUCGGGUUGUGAGUUAGUGGGUUGAAUUGUGCAACCCGAAUACGACCAACAUUACCAUUCAUUUGCUAUUACCAUAACAUGAAAGUUAUUUGAGGAUCAGACUCAUUGUUUAAUAAGAUGCCUUUAUUUUGAGAAUCAGAUCUGGUUUAAAACUAUGGACUAUCAUAACAGUUAUGAAGCAUUUAACAUUUUUUAUUGGUAAAAUGAUAAGAACUUAAUCAUUAAUAAUAAUAAGAGUUGAUUGAACAUGAAGAGUCUUGGCAGGGAUAUGAUGAUCAAAGAGUUUGAUGAUGAAAGACUCGAACUUGAUUGCAAGUUGGAAAUAGAAAAUUUAAAAAAACAUGUGUAUUGUAGUUGGGACUUGGAGUUAGCAAUAAAUGUCCUCAGAUUUUUUGGAAGGAUGUCAAGUUUAAUUUAUUUAAAAAACACAUACUAAAAUGGAUUAACGGAUCAACCCAUUUUAUGAAAUAGGUCAACUUGAAUGCGACCCGUUUUUAAACGGGUCAAUCCUAACACGCCCUAUUUUUUAACAGGUCAAGUUUGCCAGGCCAAAAACUGAUUAAUUUUGUGUCGUGUUUGGGUUGUGUUUUAGGUCGUGCCAAGAAUUUUCACCCCUAAAGUAAUCUUAUUUUUCAUACUUAUAUUAUCGCAUUAAAUAUGUAUAAAAGAUUAGAAAGAUGAUGUGUAUGCAGUACGGCUUAGCCCAAUUUGACAUGGCCUGUUUUGUAACGGGGCAAAUAGGUUUUGUCAAAUGAGUGCUUUUGAUUCGAUAGGCGGGCCAAACUGGUUUGGUUCAAAUUUUUAUGGCAUCUAAGUUUCAAGAGACUUUUGGAAGAAAUAGCUUAGUUUUGUAUUAUUUAUCAUAGAAUAAAAAAAUGACGGAUCAUCCCGUUUUGGUUGGUUACAGGCUAAACAGAGUGGGUCAAAAUGAGCCUCUUAAGUUGCCAACAAUGGUUAUUUCUGUUGUCAAGGCUUUAAUUUGAUGGUUAGAUGUGAUCAUUUCUUUUUGUGACUACCAUUGAUAUAUGUAGAAAAUAUGUAUAUCUUCAAGCACCAAUGCACCGGUAACAAGUUGUAUACAAAAUCAUUACAUUCUUACUUUCCAAUAACCAUCUUUCUUUGUAUCUACCGGUAAACUUUAACAAGUUCUCAUGAUUCUUUAAUUUUCUAUUCUUCAUUUGUCAUGAAAGUAAAAAGAGCAUCAGUAAGUAAGUGAGAUAACAAACCAGCAUUGAUGACAUUUUCUAUCUUCUUACAUGUGCUUCUAUGAUCAUUGCAUUUAUGUCUCCUGUUUUAGGUGAACUUCUCUCGACUAAAAUUUGAGCUUCUUAAUGACAAGGUUUUCUACUUUUGUUGGUUACAUCACAAAUGUUAUGGUGUGGAGUAGUGGAGAUCUGAUCGUGAACUUAAAUUUAUUUAAAUAUUUACUUAUGUUCUUUUCAUUUGUGGGGAAAGUUUAUAAUUCUGGAUCAAUAUCUUUUUGUUAGAUGGGCAAAUUUUGCAUUACAAGAGAAACAGAUUCAGAGUAUGCAAAUAUUCAUAUACACCCGUCUAUUGCAAUAUUGCAUGUAUUAAACAUUAAAAUAAUGCUUUUGUUUACGAUUCAACUAAAAAAAUUUAUGUCAUAAUGACUUUAAACUACCCGUCCACCGGACGGGUAUUAAACUAGUUGGUAUGGACUGUCUAUGGCCUGGGCCUCGUGGGUGGUGGGGAUGACGCUAUUGGAAUUUAUUCAAUGGUGAUUUGAUUAAGUGGGGGGUGAUUUGAUUAAGUGGGGGUAGCGACGCAACUUGUUUCCCGUCUACCUACCAUUAGUCUGUAAUUGUCUCUUGUUCUCAAUGAGAAUUAUAUCCUCCUGAAAAAAAAAUUUCUCUUGUUCUCGAUGAGAAUUAUAUCCUGAAAUUUUUAGCUGUAGCAAGACACUCUUGAUCAGGGGCGGACCUACCCUUUGGUUAGGGUGGGCGGCCGCACCUCUUGAAAAAAAAAAUUAGUGUAUAUUUUAGGCAAAAAACCAGACCACACCCUUUGAAAAUAUGGUUGAACAUCUCAUCUGCACCUCCAAUAAAUAAUUUCUAGGUCCGCUGCUCUUGAUUUGGACAUUUUCCUUCCAAGACCCAUUUUAUUUUGUCUAGAUGUUGUAAAUUUCUGGGAAUGACCCAUUAAUGCUAUGCCUACCAUUUUGAAGUUUGACUGUGGACUGUGGAUAAACUUUAUUCAAAAAGUCACCCAUGCUUGUUGCCAAGUAAUUUCCUCUUAAAUUGAGAACUAGUUCUUUAUUAAAGACCCAAGAUCCGAUCACAUUAUCCACAAAGAUUUCAGUACAUAACCCAAUAUGUACUUUGCAACUGGUGAAGCUGCCAAACUGUCAUCUUUGACUUCAGCACAGCCUUGUCUCCGGUUUUCUCUUGCAGAGAUUCAGGCCGCAACCAAAACCUUUGAUGAUGAACAGCUCCUUGGAGAGGGUGGAUUUGGGAAAGUAUACAAAGGUCAUAUAUGUAUAGCAGAAACUAGUCAAGUUGUAGCCAUCAAAAGGUUGAGUUCUAUAUCUGAACAAGGUGAACUUGAGUUCCGGUCUGAAAUUGAGGCGAUUUCCAAGUUACGCCAUCAUAACUUGGUGUCCUUGAUUGGUUUUUGCGAUGAUAACAAGGAGAUGAUCCUUGUUUAUGAGUAUAUGCCUAAUGGAACCCUCUACCAUCAUCUACACAAAGAUGAUACUCCUUUAAAUUGGGUGCAGCGACUAACGAUAGCCAUAGGUGCUGCACGUGGAUUGGAGCACCUUCACAAAGGUGAUGGCAUGAAACAGGGAAUCAUACAUCGUGAUGUGAAGAGUUCCAAUAUUCUGUUAGAUGAGAACUGGGACGCUGUGAUUUCAGAUUUUGGGUUGUCCAAAAUAGUACCAAUUGACCGGUCAGUUUAUACGGGUGCUAAAGGCACAUUUGGGUAUAUGGACCCAGAUUAUUUCUACACCGGAAAACUGACAUGGGGAACAGAUGUGUAUGCAUUUGGGGUGGUGUUGUUUGAAUUGUUAUCUGGGAGGAUUGCUGUAGACUUAAGCAAAGGUGAGGAGUCAAGUUUGGUAAGGUGGGCUCAAAAAUGUGUGAAAGAUCGAAAGUUUGAUCAGUUGGUUGAUGCUAAUAUCAAGGGAACAAUUUAUGUAAAAUGUUUAGGACGGUUUGCUAAAAUUGCAGAUCGUUGUUUGCAUAGUGAUCUGAAAGAACGGCCUACCAUGACCGAGGUUGUAGCAUCACUUAAAGAGUUACAACAAAUACAGAAGAAAUGGGACAAUGCUGCAAAAUCAUCAAUCACGACGGUAUUUAGUUGGAUGAUUCCCAAGUUUCGUACCUCGACUAAAGAAAACCAAGACCAAAGACGCACCUGUUCACCAACGAACACCGGAAACAAUUUAGAUCAGGCUUCUUUGACCAACAAGGAAAUAGUUGCUAGAGAUUUGAAAGUGUUCACAAUUGACGAAAUGAGACGUGCAACGAGGGGCUUUGCAGAAGACGCAUGCUUGGGUACUUGGAGCUAUGGAGAUGUUUACAAAGGCUGGCUCGAUAAAACGUAUUUUCUAUCGAAGAGUAAUAAUGGAAUGCCUGUAUUAAUCAAGUCACUUUGUUGGAAUAAAACUUUAAAACUUGACAAGGCCAAGUUGGAAUUGGAAAUUUUGAAAGAGUUUAGUCAUCCCAACCUUGUUAAGCUCAUCGGAUAUUGCUUGUCACACAAACAACUCUUCCUUGUGAAUGAAUUCCUGCCUAACGGAAACUUUGAAGAUCGCCUUUUUAGUGGAGCGAUAGCACAACUUCCGUUGGUUACAAAGGUGAAAAUAGCAGUAGGAAUUGCUCGAGGGAUUGUUUUCUUGCACAACUCACGGGAUUAUGUCACCACAUAUUUGCAUUGGGGAGGAACUAGCAGUAUGUUUUGGCUUGACAAACGUAAGAUAUUGCUGGAUGAGGAUUUUACGCCAAAACUUUCAGAUUGUGAGGUUACUAAGCUAGCACACGGUCACUACCCUUACAAUAUCCGGGACGAUAAUGGUCUUGUUUAUGGUGACUAUUACCCACGGUUCAAACCGUUUCAACUGCAGAGCAAUCUUGAUGGUUUUACACUUAUACUCAUGGAGGUGCUAACAGGGAAACAACUCUCUUAUGAUAAUGAAGUUCAAAAGAUGGAUGAUUUGUUGCUCCAGAAUGGAAAAAUGUCGAUACGCCAUAUUGCAAAAUUAUGUUUUGAAAUCUGCAAUGAGGCAGAUUCGGAAUUGAAGAUGCUCAAAUUGUUGGAGGAGUAUGAGAUGUAUAUCCACGAGGCAUUCGCAACAGCAACAGCCGAGAGUUGUUUACUUAGGGGGAGGUCAUGCAGAGUAUAACUGCAUUAGAGAAUGGAAACUAAAAGGAAGGAGAAGAACCUGGACAAAUGGAAUUGCUUCCAUUAUAUGAUACGGACAAUCACCUGCAGAAUAGACUGGAGAAAUGAAUCUGUUUGGCUGUGUUAUGCAGUGGAAUGAAAGUGGUUUGAGUAGGGGAACACAUCCCAAACUGGAGGGAAUUCCAGAUGAUAAAUGGUUUGUUUCUCCAAUGUGGGAAAAACAAUCGAAGAAUAUUGAAGGAGUACGACAAUUUGAUGCAAAACAAACUCAAGUAUUGAGUGAUUGAUUCAUUGUGGAAGAUGCAACACGCGAAGAACUACACUACGCUACAAUGUGCUGCUUUUUGUAACAUGUAUAACAUGAGUAAUUAAACAUUUGAAGUUAGUAAAUAUUAUCUUUGGUUAAUGUGACAUAUCAUCCCAUAUCAGGGUGGGGUGUUACAAGAAGCUUCAUAGUAAUUUCCUCCAAAUGUAAUACUAAUUUAGUCUAGGAGGAUAUCAUAUUGAAGAAUAAAAUGAUAGUGUGGAUAACACAUACAAAUAGAGAUUGUUUAUGACCGAAA